GAGACUGCUCGUUUAAACUGUAUGAAAGGCAGAUGAAAUGAGCUCCCGGGAGCAUCUUUCUCUGCCUCUCGUGGUAAAUUUAGGACUCCGUGUGGGGGGGAUUCGUUGACGGUGACAGGUUGUAAAAGAAGGAAUUCCAUCACUAUUUUUAAAGUCACACGCGGAUCUGGGGGCGUGGAAGGCUGAGCACACAGACCAUUUGGCUCGUGGAACACCACAUUGAAAGUGGUUUAGCCUAUGUGGAUUGUUGUACCCGCUCUAGCUGCUUGUAGUGCUCCAGCAUACCCAAAACCAUUUGGACACAACACGGUUCGUGCGGUCGUGCUCAUUGGUACGGUAUUACUUUGUUUUCAAAUGAUAUUUUCUGUAAAUUUCCCAUCCGUGGAAAAGCCUACGGCAAUACUUUCUAAUCCGACUGUAUGGAACAUUUUUAUUUUUUAUUUUUAACCAAUCAUGUUCUCUGCCUAAAGCUAUUGUUUAUGGUGACCACUUGUGAGCCAGGCAUGUCAAUAUGGACGAGUAACAUCGAUGGCGAAAUGACACCGGGGAUUUAAUAGCUGUCACCGCAGCCACUGAAAUCAUAUCCUGCAAAUAUUGGCAGGUGACAAAUUCACCUGGAUGUCAGCCUACUUCUUUUCACUGACCCUUUUCAACAGACGGGGUUAUUGUAUAUAGCACAGGGACCGCACAUCUUCCAUAUUCCCUAAAGGAAACAAUAAGAUUUUGAACUGCAUACUGUUUAUUGGGAUUGAGUCAUGGAUUACAACAUUUGCAUUGUCCAUUCUUCGCGUGUUCUCGAUGCUUAGACCGCAUUAUUUGCGAACAGAUUUGGUGAUUUUCAUUUGUAUUUAACAAUGAGAUUUCAAAUCCGUUUGGGAAAGUAGUUAUAGGUGAAGUGUUCUGUUCUGCAUUCUCUACAUUACUUACAACACCCAAACAUGACAAGCACCGGACCCGUUAUCGUGUUUGAGUGGCUGAAGACCCUCCAGCUCUCUAUGUAUGUGGAGUCCUUCGUGGAUAACGGCUACGAUGAUCUGGAAGUUUGCAAACAAAUUGGGGACCCCGACCUGGAUGCUAUCGGUGUAUACAUACCGCACCACCGGCAACGGAUCCUUGACGCGGUGCAAAGGCUGAAAGACGAGGAUAAGGAAACUGCGGCGGGGCUGUAUUUUACGCUUGAGCCGAUGCCCCCCGCGUCUGAAAUGUACACCAGGCAUCUGGUGGACCAGUACGAUUCCAAACUGCGGGCGUCCAAGUCUUGGACCGAAUCGAACAGUGACCGGGUGGGGGGAAAAGGGGGCGCGUAUCUGGGCGCACAGAGGAACCUGACGCUUGGCAAGCGGAGGGAGUUGGUGAUUUACCCCAAAUUGAAGCUGAAGAUCAUGAUUAGAGAUAAACUAAUCAAAGAUGGAGUCAACCUCGCCAGGCCGCCAUACUCAAACAAGGAUGGUUCUCUGGGGAACAUUGAUGACCUGGCCCAGGAGUACUCAGAGUACUACAACACCUCAUUCAGUGACGUAAGCGACCGCAUGGAGGAGCUACGCAAGAGACGUGUGUCCCAGGACCUCGACAUGGAGAACGUUGACACAAGCUCCACCUCCCCGCAGCUUCGCUCAGAGAUCCAAGAGUCCCUUGGCUUCAGCAGUGAGGUGUCCACUCCAGAGACAGAGAGAAAGAUGUCUCUGCAGAAGUCCAGCUCUGAAGACGGAGGCAAAUGGGACAAUAAGAAGAAGAACAAGUCCUUCUGGCAGAACUUUCGCAAGACAUCACAGAAGGGAGUCAUGCGGCAGACUUCGAAAGGAGAGGACAUAGGCUACGUGGCCAGUGAGAUCACCAUGAGUGACGAAGAGCGCAUCCAGCUGAUGAUGAUGGUGAAGGAGAAGAUGAUCACUGUUGAAGAGGCUUUAGCUCGGCUGAAGGAGUAUGAGAGCCACAGCAGACAGUCCAGCAGUACUGACACUGCAGAGUGGACUGACGGCUCCAGUCCCAAUCUAAACCAGUCCUCUAACUGCAACUCUCGGGAGCAGUCUGAUGAUGAGCAGUCAGAGGACUCUGUGAAGUUCAAACGGCUCCACAAGCUGGUCAACUCUACCCGCCGUGUCAGGAAGAAACUCAUCAAGGUGGAAGAGGGGAAGAGACCCAUCUCCGAAGAUUCUUUGAGACUGGAGGUGUCUUCGACCUGUGAGGACAACACAGCCCUGUACACAGGGGUCCUGAAGAAGUCCAGCCUGCCCCAGGAUGCCUCCCUGUCCUCCCUGACCCAGGACCAGCUCUCUCUGGACGGGGACACAGACAGCCUGACCACCUCCCCUUCCUCCAGCAGCCUGGACACCACCUGGUCCGGACACAAGCUGGUCAAGACCUUUUCUAAGUCCAGCAGCACCCACGGCCUCAUCCGACCCCCCAGGAAAGUCCCUGCUGGGUCUGGGCGUCUGGGAGCCGUCGGGGUGGAAGAUAGUGGUUCCUCCUUCUCUGAGCUGGACGGCUGUGGAGCCGAGGAAGAAGAGAAGGUGUCGUGCUCCAUGACGGAGGGCGAGAUGAGGAAAGCCAUGACCUCUCUCUCCCACGGGAGGACGUGUAGUUUCGGAGGGUUUGACCUGUCCAACCGGUCACUCCAUGUGGUCAGUGCAGGCUCGGAGCCCAAUAGUAAGUAUCCAGAGGCUGUAUACCGGGAGGUAGUCAAGUCUCCCACGACGUCUCGUAUCUCUCUGGGGAAGAAGGUCAAGUCUGUAAAAGAAACCAUGAGGAAACGGAUGUCCAAGAAGUACAGCAGCUCACUGUCUGAACAGUCGAGCCCAGAUGGGGCACCCAGCUCCCCCCAGUCCCCCCAGCCAGACACAGAUUCCCUGGAGAAACCCAAACUGAAGGCUGGAGGAUCAGUGGAGAGCCUCCGGAGCUCCCUCAGCGGACAGAGCUCCAUGAGUGGUCAGACGGUCAGCACCACAGACUCGUCAGCCAGUAACAGAGAGAGUGUCAAGUCUGAGGAUGGAGAUGACGAGGAGCCUCCCUACAGAGGGCCCUUCUGUGGCAGAGCACGAGUACACACUGACUUCACCCCUAGCCCCUACGAUUCAGAUUCCCUCAAACUAAAGAGAGGGGAUGUGAUUGACAUCAUCAGUAAGCCCCCCAUGGGGACAUGGAUGGGUCUGCUCAACAACAAGGUGGGCACCUUUAAGUUCAUCUAUGUGGACGUGCUGAGUGAGGAGGAGGAGAAGCCCAAGAGACCCGUCAGAAGGAAGAGGAAGGGCAGACCUCCCAAACCCACCUCUGUAGAGGAGCUGCUCGAACGCAUCAACCUCAAGGAGCACAUGCCUACCUUCUUAUUCAACGGCUAUGAGGACCUGGACACCUUCAAGCUGUUGGAGGAGGAGGAUCUAGAUGAGCUCAACAUCAGAGACCCUCAACACAGAGCUGUGUUGCUCACCGCCGUGGAGUUACUGCAGGAGUAUGACAGCAGCAGUGAACCGGAGCGUAGCGGCCUGUCAGGCUCUCAGGAGAAGCUGCUGUCAGAGGGCCACGGCCUGGUGGGCGACUCGCCACGUGACUCUGGCUGCUACGAAAGCAAUGAGAACCUGGAGAAUGGCAAGAGCAGAAAGACAUCUCACUCCAACCGCUCCUCUGUGGGCCUCCAGUCCCCAGACUACCCCACCCUGCCCAUGACCCAGUCCACUGAGGCCCUGCAGCAGAGCAAGAUGGAGCGCACAGUCAACUUCACCAAGCACUUCUUCCUCAAGCCCACCUUGAGGGGCUUGAGCAUGCUGGGGCUGAGGAAGGGCCCCCGCCAGACCCCCAUGCCAGCCAGUCUCAGCUGUGAGGACCUGGACGGGCCACUGGAUGCCACCAGCCUCCAGGCCUGGAAGAGAUCCCACUCCCUGGGGGACCUCCACUGGGAACAGGCCUUCCACCAGAAGAAGGACCACAGCCUGGAACCCAAGCCCGCUAAUGGUGGCUCCAAGUUGGGCACCACCAGCCCAGUGAAGGGCCUCCAGGCUCAUGGAGAUAGGGGUUCACCACCGGCUCAGAAUGGGGGGAUUGCUGUGAGCCCUAAAGGACAAUCUGACCUCCCCCCUGUGCCCUCCCAGCUGCCCCUCAGACCACCCUGUUCCAUUGCCUUGCUUCCCCAGCCCCAGAAAAGCCUGCCCAACCUGAUCUCCAGUCCUCCCGAAACCCUGCUGGGGGAGAGAAGCAUCUGGACUCACCCCAAAAAGCCCCCAGUGCCCCCUCCUGUCCCAAUCAAGAAGUCCAAAGAGUGCCUAGCCAAUGGGAUGUGCCACCCCUCUCUUGUGCUCUCCUCCCCAACUCAUUCCUAUUCCUCCACCAACUCUCAUCCCCCCAGCCCUGUCAUCAACAGCCCCAGUUCCAGGGCUCCAGCCCUCCCCAGUAAGGCCUCUAGUACCCAUAUCUCCCCCUCUCCAGCCAGCCCUACUCCAGCCUCCCCUGCCUCCACCACCACCCCCUCUCUAGAACCAGAGGAACCAGGCACACCCCCGGCCGUGCCCCCUCCUUGGCUGUCUGACCUGCCUGAGUCGGCCUGCCCUCAGGCUCAGAUCCAGGGGGGUAGUGGCAAGAUGACGGUGGCCAGGAAGGUGUCCCAUGUUAAGAUGGCCGUCGAUCUCAACACCGUGCUGGAGCAGAGGCUGGAGGCCGAGGGCAUUGACCUCACAGAGGAACCCUACUCAGACAAGCAUGGUCGGUGUGGUAUCCCCCAGCCCCUGGUGCAGCGCUACAGUGAAGACCUGGAGCAGCCAGUGAAAGAUGUUGCCCCCGCCAUAGACCAGGUCCGCCUCAAGCUGCUCCGCAAGCAGCACCGCAUGGCUAUCCCGUUUGGAGGUUUAACAGAGAUGUGCAGGAAGCCUCUCUCCCCCGGUCACUUGAGCACCGUCUCUGAUUGGUUGGUGUCCAUCGGCCUGCCCAUGUACGCCACGUACCUGGAAGCAGCAGGAUAUGACACGUUGGGGCACGUGUCAUCUCUCACAGAGAGCGUUGUGUGGGAGGCGGGGGUGAGGGACGAGAGACACGCCCGUAGACUGGUCAGCGAGGCCCGUUUGGUCAGCGCACACAGAGAUGCACAGUCAUAACUGUGACAGUGGAAUCAAUGCAGGUGAAACUCGGAAAGUUGAACAGCUAUGUCAUGGCUGUCUGCUCUGUUGACAUAGUUGAGACUGAAACACAGUUGCAAAUAAAUGCAGAACUGAAUAACUGUGCAAGUGACCACAGCACAGCUUUCAACAGCUAUUGAGGCUUUUGACUGGACUGCGGAUGGCACGCUGUUGCAGCCCAGCCCACACCUGAAACUUAAGAGCAGAAAACCUGUUCCCCCAUGUCUUUAUCAAUCUAUUUCUGUCUUGUUUACGGUGAAAUUGUUCCCGACUGUCGAGAACAGUUAUCAGAUGCCUUUAUCUCUCUCUCCCUCUCUCUCUCUCUCUCCCUCUCUCUCUCUCCCUCUCUCUCUCCCUCUCUCUCUCCCUCUCUCUCUCCCUCUCUCUCUCCCUCUCUCUCUCCCUCUCCCUCUCUCCCCCUCUCUCCCUCUCUCCCUCUCUCCCUCCCUCUCCAGUCGUAUAACUCAAGACUGAGAAGUACUGCCUUGAAGGAAAAAUAGCACAGUCUCCCUUUUUUAUUUUUUAGGUUUGACUUCAUAUAAAGGUAUAUAAGUGCUUAAUUUUCUGCUCUUGUGUGAGACAAAAGCACAGGAGAGUAAUAAGAAUAUGUAGCUUGGCCAAAGCAAUUUCUUUCAAAUCAAACCAAAUCAAACACUAUUUGUCACAUGCACCGAAAAUAACAAGUGUAUAUUUUAACGUGGAAUGCUUACUUACAAGCCCUUAACCAACAGUGCAGUUCAAGAAGAAUUAAGAAAAUAUUUACCAAGUAGACUCAAAUAAAAGUAAUAAUAAAAAGUAACACAAUAAGAAUAAUGAGGCUAUGUACAGGGGGCACUGGUAUUUCAAUGUAAAUUUUUACUUUUGUUGUUAAUCCCAUUGCCAAAUGCUAUAGCAAGACUGGACAAUGGGUUUUCUUGCAGUUAAUCAACUAAAACAUUACACAAAACAUGACAUAGGCAAACAAUGCUGUUGUAUUGGGAUUUCAAAUCCUAAUUUUCUAUCAUGCUAUAGUGUUUUUGUAAUAUACUGUACCAUAUAUUCUAAUUUCAAGGUGUUUUUACAGUAUGUGUGUUCAAUAGUAUUUGUUUGUCUGCUUUGUGGAAUGUCAAUGUCUGAAAUGUCUUCAGACCAUCUCAGUUAAUGUAACUAGACAGUCAGACAGAUAUCGAUAUGAUUAUAUUGCAGAUUUCAAAACAUAUCUUAAUUGCAUUUAAUCCUCCAAUAUGUAGGUCCUUACAGUAAGGCUGUCUACACAGUACCGCUCUAAUCAUCUUUUCCUUUGCAGACUCCAUAUGUCUAAACGAGCUCAUUUUAAGUUGCCUUACCAUUAUGUAAAGAAAACAGUUCGAUAAACAUCUAUUCAUGUACUCAGCAUUAUAAAUAGGCAUUUCAACCCCCAUCCACAUUCCCUUUGACUAAGGCCUGAUUUUUUUCACAGCCUCACCAGGCCUAUAUGUUUUGAAUGUGCAAAGGCUUGUAACGACGGUGAUUGUUAGUUGCACACACACACACACACACACACACACACACACACACACACACACACACACACACACACACACACACACACACACACACACACACACACACACACACACACACACACACACACACACACACCACACACACACACGUUUAGCUGCCUGCAGAUGUAUGGGAUCAAAGUACACACAUUAGCAGCCACAUAGCUCAACUGGUGGUUUCCUUGUUAAGCACAGAUGUUAAUCCACAGGAAGUCUGAUUUAAACAUAGUGUCCCCAUAUUCAACAGCCGGCCACAGCACCACUCAGUACUACAGUCUUAGAGAGAGACACAGUCAGGGAGGACAGAUGAGAUUGUGAGAUGGUCACCUCACCUCUGUAGGGACGUACUGAAUCCCCAUUCACUGAAACAGCAGGCCAGACCUGUGAGUCCCUAGCAGUGGAUUCCUAGUCCAAGCUUGGUGUGAGUGGAUCCACCCACGUAAUGUCAUUCUACUUGUGUGAGGUCUUCAUAUUGCAAACAAUUAUCCCUAGCUCUCGGGUUUCAAAAUAAAAGUUGGACAGAGUGGUGUAAACAUCGGGGAGGCUUUUGCAGUGGACACUCGAAAGAAGUUUGAUGCCUUUUCUCUUCAAUCAUAGUGGUGCUCCAGGUUAGUAGUGGUAGGGGGAGUUUUUCAAGAAACAAAAAUACCUAACAUUGAAGAUUUUUUUGUAAAGAAAAAAUAUUGUCACUGUAAAAUGCACUUUAGAAAGUAAAUUAGAAAAUUCACGCAAAAUUUGCAAAAUUUUCUUUAAGUCCAUAAGCGGACAUUUCUUUUCAGGUAAGGUAAAGGGUUUGAAUGGGUUAAACUGGGAUUUAGUUAUCUUAGUAUUGAGUUCCCAAUGCCAAGUUAAUGUACAAAUGUAAUUAAUAAUCAUUCAUGAAUUAACCUGUUCCAAUGACUUAACUUCCAAUUUGUUUUUGCAAUCGUACAAAAAAAAACAUAAUUACAUAAAUGAAAUGAUUAACAAGAGUUGCACAUUCUGUAUAUGUUAUUUGGUAUUUAAAUAACUUAUUUUGGGGCUUUUCAUAUCAACUGUAAUUAUUAGCUGUACUAUACACAUAGCAAUACCUUCCUGCAUAUUGCUUUAGCUAGUGAAAAGCUACAGUGUGUAAUGUAAAGUAUAAGUGUACAAAUUAUUUUCUUUGGUUUCAACUAUCUAAUGAUUGUCUAUAAAGAUUUGCUUGUGUAUUGAAACAAAAAAUGAUGUCUAUAACUAUGUAAUUCUGAAAUAUAAUAAAAACCAUUUCUUGCCA